AUGAGUGAAAACAAUUCCGAAAACAAUCAACUCUUGACGGCGCCUUCUAACGGUGUACACUUAGGGGACGAUAAUGUUAAAACCAAAUUUAUCAUCCUCAAUGAUUCCGUGGAAACAAAUGAAAAACCGAACAAAAAUGGAAACGAUAGUCUCUCGUCCAAUGAUGCCGAAAACUUAAGACCGGAAAAUGAAGAACUUCCCGAAGGUGUUCGUCAAGGUAUCUGCAAAUGGUUCAACUCAAAAAAAGGAUUCGGAUUUGUCACUCCAGACGAUGGUGGCAAAGAUGUUUUUGUUCAUCAGAGAGUAAUUAAAAAAGACGGAUUCAGAUCCCUUAGAGAGAAUGAACACGUGGAGUUUACAUGUCAUGAAUCAGACAAGGGUUUAGAAGCUACUCUUGUUACUGGACCAAGAGGUCAAUAUUGUAAAGGAUCAAAAAAGGCAUUUCCUCAAAAAAAAUUGAGAUGUUACAACUGUGGAGAUUUUGCCAAUCAUAUUGCUGCCAAAUGCACAUUGAGUCCUCAGCCCAAGCGUUGUCAUAGUUGUAAGGAUCCAAACCACCUUAUAGCCGAUUGCACUCAGAUUCAGAGCAAAGAGCCUGUGAUUAAUAAGUUCGUCAAAAAUCCGCGAAAAAAAUCAGAACGACAGAAGCCAAGACCAAAGUCAAAACCUGAAGAUGGUAGUGUUGAUGAACAGCCGCAGUCAACUAUUUUACCCAAUCAGAAUGGAGAUGAAAUUAAUGACAAACAAGAUUAA